UUCUGAAGUCCAUAAUCGGCAAACACCAGAGCCUCAACUCGGUGGACAUCCUCAGUACAGCUGGAACAGUCAUCGCCACGGUCAAAGGUGAGCUAUGAACACCAGAUCUCCCUUAAAAACACACACAUAACUCACAGCUUUCCUGUGAAACAUACCAACCACUCCUCCACUCUUCCUUCGGUCUGUUUUCUGUCUCUGCUUAUCUAAUCCCCCCUUCUCUCAUGGCAGUUUUCUCUCCUGGACAUUCACUAUUGCCGUGUCCUCUCUCUCACACUGUCUUCCCAAGUCUUACAAAGAACUUCCCAGGGAAUGUUUCUGAAUAGUUUUCCUAUAGCUUCAAAGCAAUGUAGCUCCUCAGAAGUCACUCAAGUGCUUAGAAUGCAGCAGCAUGCAUUUCAAACCCCAUAUAGAGAGUAAGAAAAUAAUAUUUGGGAGUAAGAUACCUCACUGAGGAGGCAGGGAGAGGCGGGUGUCCUUUGUGCUUUGUCUGCCAGUCCAGAGGGAACUACAGCGAGGAAUCCUAUUCAAUCUCAUUCUCUGAGAUUAUGAUCUGGCGUGCAGGUCAAUUCUUAACUUGGCCGCCACACAAGACUCCCCCGAGUGUACCUCGUCUCAAUUUGCAUUGCAAAGAAGGGCAUAAAGAGGCUUUUUGAAGAGCUUUCACUUAAUGGGGAAUGGUGACAUGUUGAAGUGAACAAAGCCUGAAGGGCUCUGUGUAUGAAUGAAGCUCACCUUAGCUGAAAUAUUUGGAGUAUGUCCACACACACAUGGGUGUGUGCAGGCAUGUGUGCCAUAAACAAUUAUUAUGUGCAUGCAAGUCACAUUUUGCAGUACCGUGACUAUUUGUGUGCCAUUUAAAUAUGUUGAUGCACAAGAGUAUGACCUUUUCAAUAACGAAGCCUUAGAAUUGACAGCUUAAUAUGCGUUCUGUAAAGGCUUUUGAUUUCGGCUCUUUGAUAUUGAAUUAAUUAAGUAGAGUAAAAUUUUCAGCUGUUUUUCAAACUUGUCAUAUUAAUAGCAACUGGUUUAAGGGCACAGGUAUUGCGUGUUAUAAUUGAACAAGUGUUUAUGGUAAACAGCCAAUAUUGCUAACAGGUUUAACAGUUACACUAUCUGUAAUCAUGUGGUCUUUUCAUAAUUCUGUGCAGUGAAGCGUGCUAUGACGUCUUUUCUGCCACUAGGUGGCCUGAACCGCUCAUUCCUUGACCCUCACACAGGGACAAGGUGAUAUGAGAUGUACGCGCCAAUAUUUUUCACAGCCAAAUCUCAACGCUGCGGGUGUUAGACGUGUUGAUGUAAAAUGAUAUGUCUCUAUUCAUGGAGGUGUGUCAUGUGAUCAGCAGGCUGUGCUUGGUACACAUUUAAUCUUUUCUCUAACAUUAAAAUCACAUCACAACCAGGUGAUUUUACAUAUAAUAGAAUCCUGUGAUUUAGUUUUUUUUCCAGUGGAGUAUGUAUUGCAUUUCUACUUCAUCACAUUCCAAGGUGCACCUCAACACAAGAGGAAGUUUUAUCACUUCCUCCAUCCUGUGACACUUCAUAUCCAGUCCCAUGCCCAAGUUGCUGCACAUUCACAUUAGUCUGCAUUGGAGGAGAAUUUCCUCCUGGACCUGAAUUCCGCGUAGGACUUUGCAGCUGACGAGCGUUUUCGAGAGUGUUGUGCUUUUCCACUGAAACAAUACCAUUUUUCCCCGAUGAUGUAACUUCCACGUUUGGACCACUGGUUGGGGCCUGAGCAUUGUAUUCCAGCAAGCCUCAGGAUGUCCUGUUGGGGGUAGGGGUUGGACAGAAGAGGAGGAGAUGUAACCGCACAAGAGAGUUGUGUGCUUUGAAUGGUGGUGGCUACCGUAGCUGGACUGGAGCCCCAUGGACACUGGACCUCCUUUUUGGAUCCUUUUUGCACCCUUCUGACAUAAUCCUAACACUUCCUGUGCCUCUGAGUGAAUAAUUUAUACAUUGGAUUUAUUUCUAUCUAGUGCUCCUUUUGAUGGAUAGAGGAACAGCCAACUUUUGGAUUCCCGUAAAGAAAAAUAACUUGUUUGGUGGCGUGUUUAAAGUGUUUGGACAGAAAAAUCACCUGGAAGUAUUGGUUACUGUUAUGAUCAAGGCUUCUUGUUUCUGUUAAACAGGAGAAAUGCUGAAGAAAGUUUUGAGGGGUGAAUUUUAAGGAGGUGAACGAGGAGAACAAACAGAAGCUUUUCGGAGAGAUCUACGCUGCUAUUGACACAUUGGCGUUCACCUUUGGCAAUGUAGUGUCUGACUUCCUUAUGGGAGAUGUAGAGAAUGGAUCGGUGUUGGGGCUCCCCCUAACUAAGAGAAGCAGGUCUUUUGAGAGUCUCUCUGCGGAAUCUGGAGGAUCUGGCCCUGAGAAAGAUGAUCUGCCAGGGCCGUCACAGCCGGUUCGGGCAGAGGAGGUGGACAGGACGCUGCAGAGGCAGGACAGCGGGGUGGAGUCGGCGCUGCUCUACGCCAAGGCCUGGUCCAAGUACACCAAAGAGCUGCUGGCGUGGGUGGAGAAGCGUCUCAGCAUGGAUAUUGAGUGUGCAAAGAGUUACGCCAAAAUGUCCGAAUCUGCUAAGACGCUUGCAAGUCAACAGGAAUUCAUGCCUUUUCGUGAGAUCUACAUGGCUGCCUUCAAAAAUGACAUUGAAUACAGCCAGCUGGUACUUCACACUGCAGCAGUACUCCAAAGCAACAAAUACAUGCAGCCUCUCCUGGCCAGAAAGAAUGAGCUGGACAAACUACGAAAAGAGGUCAAGGAGCAGUGGCAGAGAGGGCAAAAGAAAAUGAACGAGGCAGACGGUGCUCUGAAGAAGGCGCGGCUGCUGCAGGUCCAGCGGCAGGAGGAGUAUGAGAAGGCCAAGGUGUCCACCAGCCGCCUUGAGGAGGAACAGAUCGGAGGAGGAGGAGGAGGAGGAGGAGGAGGAGGAGCAGCGGUGGUCAAACAGCUAGAGAAGAGGCGCAGGCUGGAGGAGGAGGCCCAGCAGAAGGCUGAUGAGGCCAGGGAGCACUGCAAAGCAUGUCAGAUUGAUGUUGGGGACAAGAGAGUCGAUCUGGCCAACACCAAGAGUGAGAUCAUCACUCAGAUCCGAGAGAUGGUCUCCCAGUGCGACCUCACCCUCAAGGCCAUGACGGUCAAUUGGUUCCAGCUCCAGCAGGCGCAGGUUGUGUCCCUUCCUGUCAACCACCAGAGUCUGUGUGAAAAUGCCAAACUGUACGAGCCGGGCCAGCGCUACAUCGACUUUGUCAGGGGUCUACCCACUGAUGGGCCUCGCCUGGAGUCCCACUCGUUUGAUUCUGCCGUCACACAAAGCACAGGGAUGCCUUUCAACAAGCGCUUGCUAAGUGGCAGCCACUCGUCCCACAGUAACCUGUCACAGGCAUCUGUGACCUCUGACCUCCUCGGUGCAGAUGACAUGGAGAGUCCUAUCACUGCCCAGCAUGCCAAGAUUGCCGAAAGGCACUCCAACAGUAGCAUUGACAUCCAAGGACUCCGGAUUCAGGCCUCGUUUCGUCCCUGGGCCUCGGCCAGCCAGGGUGGAGGUAUGUGCAGCGACUCGGAAAGUGCUGGAGGGAGCAGUGAAUCCCGGUCUAUGGACUCACCCACUGCAAGCCCAGGAGACUUCAAGAGGAGAUUACCCAGAACCCCCUCCACCGGCACCAUGUCGUCUGCUGAUGACCUGGAUGAUAGAGAGCCUCCUUCACCCUCUGAUAACGGUUUGAGUGAAAUGGCAAUCGAAACAGCCAGCUCCCCAGGUCCCUUUAGAAACACCCAGAUGUCCAAGGCGGCUCAAACCCACAAGCUGAGGAAGCUUCGAGCGCCAUCCAAGUGUCGAGAGUGCGAUGGCCUGGUGGUGUUUCAUGGAGCAGAGUGUGAGGAGUGUUCCUUAGCCUGCCAUAAGAAGUGUCUGGAAACCCUGGCCAUCCAGUGCGGCCAUAAGAAGCUCCAGGGGAAGCUCCAUCUCUUCGGCAUUGACUUCACUCAGGCAGCUAAGAACAGUCGGGACUGCAUCCCCUUCAUCAUAAGGAAGUGUACAUCAGAAAUUGAGAACCGAGCUCUCAACCUAAAGGGUAUCUACCGAGUGAAUGGUGCCAAGUCUCGGGUAGAGAAGCUUUGCCAGGCCUUUGAGAAUGGAAAGGACCUGGUGGAGCUCUCCGAACUUUAUCCCCACGACAUCAGCAACGUACUCAAACUCUAUCUGAGACAGCUUCCAGAGCCGCUCAUCCUGUUCCGAUAUUAUAACGACUUCAUCGGCCUGGCCAAGGAAAGUCAGAGUAUCAUUGUGGAGGAACUGGAAGCUUUGAGACUCAGUCCCACCCCAGUGACCCCGGCCCAGGUCAGCGUGGACCUCAACCGGGUCCUCUUCAAGAUCAAGGACCUACUGAGGCAGCUGCCACCAGUUCAUUACAAGACACUGCAGUUCCUGAUUGAGCAUCUGCAUCGGGUGACGGAGCAAUCGGAGGAGAAUAAGAUGACAGCCAGCAACCUGGGUAUCAUCUUUGGCCCAACCCUGAUCAAACCAAGGCAGGCGGACGCCGAAGUCUCCCUCUCCUCACUGGUGGAUUACCCGUAUCAGGCGCUCGUUGUUGAACUUCUGAUCAGACACUACCAGAUGAUCUUUGACACCCCCCUCAGUCCACUGAGUCGCACCUCGCCUACAGAGGCUGACGCUCAACCCCGCCCCGCCCACCAGGAGAAGGAGCAGCAGCUGAGCAGGCACUCAAAGUCGCUGGGAGACAUUAAGGAGCAGAGCUCUAAGGUGUAUAAGAGGCAAUCCUCGAUAAUUCCUUCCUCCCACUUAUUGUCUGAGGUUCAGAAGACCAUGCCCCGCCUCAAUGGAAGCGACUUUGAACCUGUUGAUGAAGUGGAUUUUGAGGCCUUCAAUGGGGUUUUGUCAUCAGGUGUCCCAGAGGUCCCGAAACCUGGCCUCUGUCGUUGUCAGCAUAGCGUCGUCGCCAGGGUCCAGCUUCGACACCCUCGCAACAAACUCUCCUCCCGGCCAGUGAGCCUGCCGGCUGAACGGAUACUCAACCGAGGCCAAGUAGACGAGAAUAACACGCGGAACAGCACCGACCAAGAUGACAGGAAGGGAGGUAGUUUCGACCAAUCCAUUGAAGAGGUGGACGAAACUGAGAAUACAAAAUUGCGAGCGGGUACACAUUACCGGGGUACGUUUAUUGACACCCAGACGUUACGCAGAACUUGGGACAAACAGUACAAGCAUGAUGUUGCUUCCAGGACUGUCAGAAUUGUCGCCAGUUCUCCCACAGAGAGUACAGCAGUGGAUGCCAGCAACGUAUCGCCUUCUGUACCCGUAUCUUCAUCAUCUUUCUCCCUUGGAACUACUGGGAGCAUUAGCACCAUCUUCCCUAACAGGCCUUACACUGUUGCAAUGCGACCUAGCAGGACUUUAAGAAGGGAGGACAAUGUAAUCAAGUACAAUCCUGUCGCGACAGCUUUCAGGGCUCACAGAACUCUACAGCCCCCCCCAGGGACCUUCUACAAGCCCCCGUCGGGGAGCAAAGUUAAAGAGCUGCAGAACUGUGCAUUAGCUAACAGCGCAGAGGAAGAAGAUGAGGAGGAGGAGGAGGAAGAUGAUGAUGAUGAGGAGGAGGAGGAGUUGGGGAUUGAGAUAGAGGUGUCUGUAGAUGAGCCUCUUGAGGAAGACGAUGAGGCCGAGCAGGGAGCCAUGUCACAGUCUCCCAGCUCUAGCCCUGAGGAACUGAGCCCGGAUCAGGCCAAACCAGUGUACCAGAGACUAAGGCCCAGGCGCCUCCAAGAGGUAGAACGUCGAGAGGCUCAUUUUGUGUGAGUCAUCAGAGAUAAAAAAAAAAACACUGCUCCAACAUGAACAAUGUGUGCCAUAUUCUGAUAUACAAAGAGUAACAAACAUCUGUAAUUGACUUUGCAAUUUCCAGAUGCGCUUUGAUGGUGGACACCGUUAGGACAAUUAAAUGUACCUUCGGUCCUCAACAGACAAGAUGCACUUAAAAUGCUGUAUAUUCUUUAUGAUUCACCGAUAUUUCAUUUACCAAUCCCUUGCCCAGUAUACACUGACACCUGGUCAGAAUAUUUAUUUAAAAAAAAAUUUAAACUGUGCAAUUACAUUUUUAUUUGAAUAUUUUGUACCAAGUCCUUACAGGCUCACUAUGUAUGUUUAUAUACCAAAAAAAAAAAAUCUAUGUUUGAAUUGUUACAAUAGUGCAUGUAGCCACAACACUGAAAAAAGGUUUGGUGCACUUAUCAACACUCUUCCACAAAUCUCUCUCUGAGUAAUGUUUCUACCUACUUGGAGUCAGAAUGUUUUUUGAACUGUUACAUUUCAGUUGUAAUUAAUAAUGUUGCAAAUAGCUUGUGUAUAAAGCAAUAUAAUGACCUUUGUUAAAUGCUGUACUGGGUAUCUGCAUUGACAUUUGGUAAUGUUAUGAAGCACCAGUUGCAAAGGGUAUACAUCCACUUGUUUUUAUACUGUUGAACUUGUAUGGUGUCAACAUACACUGAUCUGAAAAGCUUUUAGAAAUGCCACUGGAUUGUAUAAUGGUAUUAUCGUUCUUAUUUUGAUAUCACUUUUACAUUUCUUAAUAGCCAAAGCUGUUUUUUUCUUUUUACAACUGAAUUAGUUUUAUCAGUAACCUAAACCUUACAGCUUCUCUGUAACAGGAAGUGCAUCAUUUAUUUAAAUGGUAUCUGUUUUUCAUGGUAAUGUACAAGGUUGACAGAAUGUUGAAAGGUUCAGUGUAAAAAAAAAAAGCAGCAGGUACAUGAAACACCCUUUUGUAACUUAUUAAAAUAUAUCUGAAAAAUUC